UGGACAGUUGCUCCAACCCGGAAGUGCAUCGUCAGCGCACAUGACCGGGACUCCAUCACAUGAUCAGUGUUUUCAAAGAAAACUUGUAUCCAUUCACCCGGCCGGGGCUGAGAUCCUGCGCUUUAUUACCGCAGAGUCUUAAGGGUUGCAGCGACCUGUUAUCAGUGAGAAGUCAUGAGACUUGUGAUUCUGGACGACUAUGAUCUGUCCAGCGAAUGGGCUGCAAAGUACAUCCGCAACCGGAUCAUCCAGUUCAAACCCAGCGCUGACCGCUACUUCACUUUAGGACUCCCAACAGGGAGCACACCCCUCGGCUGUUAUAAGAAGCUGAUCGAAUAUCACAAGAAUGGAGACCUGUCCUUCAAAUUCGUGAAGACCUUUAACAUGGAUGAGUAUGUGGGUCUGCCCAGGGAUCAUCCCGAGAGCUAUCACUCCUACAUGUGGAACAACUUCUUUAAGCACAUUGACAUCGAGCCCCAGAACACUCAUAUACUGGAUGGCAAUGCGAGCGACCUGCAAGCCGAGUGUGAAGCCUUUGAGCAGCAUAUCACUGCUGCUGGUGGAAUUGAGCUGUUUGUGGGAGGCAUUGGUCCAGGGCACAUUGCCUUUAAUGAGCCCGGCUCCAGUCUUGUGUCCAGGACCAGAGUGAAGACCCUGGCCAAGGACACGAUAGUAGCCAAUGCUCGUUUCUUUGGGAACGAUCUUUCCAAAGUGCCCACAAUGACCCUUACCGUUGGAGUAGGAACAGUGAUGGAUGCCAGAGAGGUCAUGAUUCUGAUCACAGGGGCUCAUAAGGCCUUUGCCCUGUAUAAAGCCAUCGAGGAGGGUGUGAACCACAUGUGGACCGUAUCUGCCUUCCAGCAGCAUCCACGAACCAUUUUUGUUUGUGAUGAAGACGCGACGCUGGAACUCAGGGUCAAAACUGUGAAGUAUUUUAAAGGGCUGAUGCACGUCCACAAUCAGCUAGUUGAGCCGAUGCUCAGCGUGAAGGACUACAUGGACUGAACGCACCAGACGGGACGUCUGGAAAAACAACAGAAAAAUCAGAAUGGCAUGAGUGUGAAUGAGUGAAAACUGGCCUCAGGGACCACAGCAGUUUUGAAUGGUCAUAAAGUGUUGAGAUGUCAACAUCAGCAUAAAAAGUUGUACAAAAUGCCUCUGCUUUCCAUGGUGCCAUGUUUACAUACUCCAACUGGAUCUCUGUCUUAGCCUUUAUAAUUCACUUUUAAACUACUUUAAGGCCAGUAUUAACAGGAAAAGACCAUGGUUUAGGGAAAUUGUACUAAGAAGCACUCUUUAACACUUUCAGCUAAUGUUUACUGUUUUCGAUAACACUAUUAGUUACUGUUCUUUGUGAUAUACAGGCUGUUUCCUUUCUUAAAAAUAUAAGGCACGAGUCUGACAUUUAACUUGUAUUGUAAAACGAGCUUUCAUUUCAUUGAUUCAUUUCAUUUAAUCAGUUUGUGCUGAGUUUUUGUUUUUGGUGUUACUAAACCCUCCUGUACUGUAGUCUGGUGAAUGUUUUUGGAACGAGAGUAUACAUUUUUAUGGGUUUACACAUUUCUUUCCAUUAAAUUGUUAAAAGA